CAGAACAGAGGAAAAAAGCCAAUUCCCGCCGGACAUAACUCCUCUCAUCUUGGCAGCGCACUACAAUAAUCAUGAGAUUAUACAGAUGUUUUUGUCACGUAACCACACCAUCGAAAAACCUCAUCCAAUUUCUUGUAAAUGUACGGGAUGUGUGACAAAACAGAACUAUGAUUCUCUCAAAAGAUCGCGAUCACGUCUGAACGCUUAUAGGUCCCUUGCCAGUCCUGCUUAUAUGGCGCUUUCCAGUCCAGACCCGAUUAUGACAACCUUUGAACUUCGACAGGAAAUGCAGAAAUUAGCUGAAGUCGAAAAAGAAUUCAAGAACGAAUAUUUGGGUCUUGUAGAACAAUGCAUGGAUUUCGCUUGUGAACUUAUGGAUCUAUGUCGAGGUACCCAAGAAGUUGAAGCUGUUCUCAGUGGUGGCUGGGGGGAUAUUAGUAUCAGAGAUCCUCUCGCUCGUUUGAAAAUGGCGCUAAGAUAUGAGGAAAAGAAG